AUGGGUCGCAAAUUAUUGGUUUGUAUCGGAGCUCUGUUUCUGAUUUUGUUCACAAUUUUUCCGUCGUCUAGAGCUUUGAUUUCGUCUCCUCAUGCUAAUCCUCCUUACCCUAAAGCCAUCUCAAUGCAAAAGAAGAUUUGCAAGAAACUAAAAUCUAAGAGCUUAGUCAAAAGCUUAUUUGAAGAGGAGUGCCAUGGACAAGGUUGA